CGCACAGACACACAGAGGAAUAGAGGGAAGUGGGUCAUUCGCAUAAUUUCGCACCAUUAAGCCUAUCACACGGAAGUGUUUUCCUUCCACUCAGCAGAUACGGUUGUCCCUGGAAGGCACCGCUUGAUAGUAGCCGCGGUCUUAAAACAAGUUAUUUGUAAAACAAACGCUACCGUGUUUAGAAACUAAGCCAAAGGAAAAGAAAAUGGGUGGUGUCUUGGUCUGUAAUGACCUCGUGUCAUCUUCUGCCAUUUCGGCAUGGAGGCUGCGUUGUCGUUAUUCUCCAAACCUCCUCUUACCGUCUGGUCUGAACCGGUUCGGAAAGUGCGCGGUCUCAUGCGCACUGCAGAAACCACGCACUGAUUCACACACAACACUCCGCGCGCCCUCACCAGGCCCUGCCCCUCAUGCCGCUUCAACCUCUCUCAUUGGUUAGAAUGGUCGUGGCUCGCCCACGCUUCCCGGGUUCUGUUUGGACAAUGAGGAAGUCCUCGAAUUUCGAUUGGUCGAUGCCCCUCCAAACAUUUUGUUUUGGGGCGGCCCCGUUUACUGUGCGCGUGCACGCGGAGAAGUGGAGUUGUAAACGAAGCGCGUGCACUUUUCAGCACCGCGGUCUUGUGGAUAGCAGCCAAACGGAGCAGAGACGGUAGUCGUUGUGGGUUAACCUUGUUUAGUUUAUUGUAACGGGACAGAACGACCACUCUGUGGUUUGCAACGUCACACAGCCGCUGCGAUCGCGGUAAAACUUUAUUGAUAGUUUUGAGUCGGCAAGUGGAGGGUAAAAAAGCAGCACAGCUCGAGCGUUGUUUGCCCCAGCGGGCAGAAAGUGCCACACGCUGCGUCCCGGGUGAAAGAGAGAAGUUUCUGCGGGCAAGUAUACCGCUUUUUUCCAGUUCGCUUGUGUCGAAUUCGCGCGGUCUGGUCUCAACUAACUGCGCAUCGGAAGACUAAAUGGCUGCACAUGACGAGAAACAAAGGUGAUAACGAAGCUAGCUGGUAAGCUCGUAGUUGUGUUUUAGCCACAUCACAGCCUGCUUGUACCGCCAGCCGCCCUGGUCUCCAUUGUGUGACCAUCUCUGCUAUUCCGCUGCCGCCCGACCCCCGGACCACUCGCUACCACCACGCAUCUGCCUCCUCUCAAAGCUACAGCUGUGUAUUUUUGAUCUCCUUUUUUUAACGUUUUGAAUCCACGCAUCGAAAAUGUGUUCUCGAGUUUGGUUCGUGACCGACCGGCGUAUCAGCCAGGAAUAUCCUCAACUUCAGAUCCUCCGGGCUCUGAAGGAGCGCUGCGCCGACGAGGAUGUUGAAUUCCGCUCUCUUCUCAUGGAUCAAAUCGUGCUAACGAUCAGUGAGGGACAAUUGGGUCUGCGAGUGGAGCAGGAAUUGGUGACAUCUUAUCCACAGGUGGUGGUGGUUCGGGUGCCCACACCCUGGGUGCAGUCAGAUAGUGACAUCACCGUGCUGCGACACCUGGAGAAGAUGGGCUGUCGACUGAUUAACCGACCCCAGGCUAUACUCAACUGUGUCAACAAGUUCUGGACCUUUCAAGAGCUGGCUGGCCAUGGGGUGCCUCUUCCUGACACCUUCUCCUACGGAGGACACGACAACUUCCGUAAGAUGAUUGAUGAGGCAGAGCCGCUGGGCUACCCCGUGGUGGUGAAGAAUGCUCGUGGCCACAGAGGCAAGGCCGUGUUCUUGGCUCGGGACAAACACCACCUGACGGAUCUAUGCCACUUGAUCCGCCACGAUACCCCCUACCUGUUUCAGGAGUACGUCAAGGAGUCGCAUGGCCGUGAUGUGCGGGUGGUCUUGGUGGGCGGCCGUGUCAUCGGCUCAAUGCUACGCUGCUCCACUGAUGGCCGCAUGCAGAGCAACUGCUCCCUGGGUGGUGUAGGUAUGAUGUGCCCACUGACAGAGCAAGGCAAGCAGCUGGCCAUAGAGGUGUCCAACAUUCUCGGCAUGGAUGUGUGUGGCAUUGACCUCCUGCAGCUCAAUGAUGGCUCAUUUGUGGUCUGCGAGGCCAAUGCCAACGUAGGAUUCAUCGCCUUCGACCAGGCCUGUGGCAUUGAUGUGGCGGGUAUCGUUGCUGACUAUGCCCUGUCGAUGCUCCCCAGCCGCCUCACCCGUAAGAUGUCCCUGCUCUCCGUUGUGUCGAGUACCAGUGAGACCAGCAGUGAGCCUGAGGUGUGCCCCGUGCCCACUGGCGGUGGCUCGCUACCCGAGGCGGUCUGUAACAUGAGCGUGGGUUCCACUUCCAGCGAGAGUGAUCCAGAGCUGGCCGAGCCCUCCCAGUCCUCACCCCGCCAGUCCACGGCACCCAACCUGCCUGAUCUCCCUGAUCCAGCCUACAACUUCAACACUCUCAUUGCCAAUGAGAUCAAGUUAUUGACUGAGUGAGAUUCAAGCAUCUUCAUGCACCCACAAACACGACAAUUACAUAACACUCUCACAUACACUCCACAUGGCAACAGACAUUCCUUUUUAAAAUGCAUAUCAGUCCAAUACAAUUAAAAUAUUGGGUGUUAAAACAAGAGCAGAAAUGAAAACAGACAACAAAGAUCUGAGGCUGCUCCCCUGACUCUCUUUGCGUUGCACCUCUAGUCCCAAACCUCACUAUCCAAACCUAGUUUACACUGCUACAAAGUGGUGAGCAUGGGAUCUAGUACAUACAAACAGCCAAAUUAGCCUCUGCUAGUUCCUUUUUUUGCAAAAUAGUGAGGGUGAUGGUGAAGGUAUGUUUUUUUUUUGAGGGUUGGUGUGGAAUUCCUAUGGAGGCGUACACCUGACAUAAUUUUAUCCUUGCAAUACCACAGCAUUAUUUAAAGAAGAAUCAACAGCAUGUCGUCAGAUUUGAUGGAUGGGAGGGUAAAAUUUUGUGUUUUGAGUGAUACUCAUGCUAGGCUAAUUAUACUGUCAGUUCCAAUGUAGCGACCCUGUUAGAGACACAGAACAGGAUGGGAAACAUCCUGCAGCAACUGGAGAAGGAGUAAUUCCAAAUUCAAAUUCACUGCUGUUUGUAAUUCAUUAGUGAUGAAUUUGAUCCUCACUACAUGAUGAUGUGUUUACAUUGUAAACACAACUCAAAUGUAUUAUAUACGCAUUUCAUUUUUUGAUGAGGUUAAGGUAAAAUAAAUUAUUUUUCUUAAAAACACACUGAUAUUAAAAUGUAGCUGUGACAUUGACAGAUUGCAUACACAUAGCGCCAGAAAAUCAUGCUGGGUGCCAUCACAGCAUCCUUCAAUGCAUGUCUCAAAUGCCUGUGCAAGAUAGUAGAAAUAACAAAUAGUACUUCUGUUUAGUCACAAUCCUGGAUAUAAAAGUGAAUUGAGUGCCAUUACUCCAUUUUUAAUUUUUCCUAGAUGGCUCGUUCAAUUAGCCUUGACACCACCACCAGCAGCAGCAGCAGCAGCAAUCUCCUGCUUUUUAAAAUUCAUUCAUUGUCUAGCACUUUAUGAUAAACAGAUGCAUUUUUUUCUCGCUCAGAUCUCUCAACACAUAUUUUCUGCAUAUUUAGGAAACAUGAGACAGAGUGUGAACAAAAUAUACCUCAAAACAGUGACUUCUCACUGCCAUACAAUGACCUAGAUAUUCAAACGUAAAAUACAUAUCAGCCAGGAUCCCUGUGGUUUUCAAAUGACCCCUGAUAUACCAGGUGUUCCUUCCCUUUAUGAAUGAAAACUAAAAAGGUAGUUGUGUAGUAUUUUCUACUUCUUUUUCUUUUUUCUUUUUUUUCCCUUCAGUUUUUUGUAAAUAUUUAGGUAGUGGAUUAGCUUAAAUGUAUACCAGUAUCCAGCUGAUGAAACUGGACCGGCUGAAAUAACUGCCAAUGUUGAAAUUUUCAUAAGCUAUUGUGGACACACUUGUUUGUACAGACCUUCAGUAUUGUAAGGUUGGAACUGAAAUUUGGUGCUAACAUUUCUUGAUUUGGUUAGAUGUGAUUUCUCAGUCAUUCAAUUUGUAGAUUUUACUUUAUUGUUUUCGUAUUGUUUCUGAUUGAAAAAAAAGUAAAGUAUCCUAAUACCCCGAAUAUGUACAAAUAAAAAAAUGGAAAGUAUAUUUUUGCAGUCUCUUUGGAUAGAAUGUUAGGCUACUUUUUCUUUCCUUAAAAAAGAAAGGA